CAUUCACUCUUCUCUGAGUUUUCCCAAGAGUGUGUUGAGUUUAUGUGGGAAAGUUGGUGGGUUGUUGCUGAGAAAUCGAGGGGUUGAUGGAGGUAGGAAGGUCUCUGGCGGAGACUCCAACCUGGGCAGUUGCAUCGGUUGUCACUGUUAUGGUUUUUGUUUGCUUUCUGGUCGAAAGAUCCAUUUACAGAUUCGGGAAGUGGCUGAAGAAGACUAGGAGGAAGGCUCUGUUUUCUUCUCUAGAGAAGAUUAAGGAAGAGCUGAUGCUUCUUGGGCUUAUAUCUCUGAUGUUGGGACAAUGGGCAAGGUGGAUUUCCGAGAUUUGUGUAGAUUCAUCUCUUUUCAACAGCAAAUUCUAUCUUUGUUCCGAGCAAGAUUUUAACAUCAAUGAGAAUGUAUGGUUUAUGAAUUCAUUCUCAUUUUCAAAUGACACUAACAUUCCCCCAAAUGGAGCCAAUGCCGUUCCAUCUCAUGAAUGUGGUGAGGGCCGCGUACCGUUUGUUUCCCAAGAAGGUCUAGAGCAGCUUCACCGGUUUCUGUUUGUUCUUGGCAUUACGCAUGUCGUGUAUAGUUGUAUGGCGGUUGGUCUUUCCAUGAGCAAGAUUUACAGUUGGAGAAAGUGGGAAAAUCAGGCAACCCUAGUUGCUGAUGGGAGCUUGCAAGCAAAGGUAAACAAAGAGAUGAGGAGACAAUCCACCUUUGUUUUCCAUCACACAUCACACCCAUGGAGCAGGAGCCGCGUUCUCAUUUGGAUGCUUUGUUUUCUAAGACAAUUCAAGAGUUCUAUACAGAAAUCUGAUUACUUAGCACUGCGUUUGGGUUUCAUCACUAAUCACAAACUCCCGCUUUCUUAUAAUUUUCAUAAGUAUAUGGUUCGGAGCAUGGAAGAUGAAUUUCAUGGAAUUGUGGGGAUUAGCUGGCCACUUUGGGGGUAUGCCAUAAUCUGCAUUUUCAUAAAUAUUCAUGGACUGAAUAUUUACUUCUGGCUUUCUUUCAUUCCUGCCAUUCUGAUGGUGCUGGUUGGAACAAAGCUCCAGCAUGUUGUCUCCUUGCUAGCUCUUGAAAUUGGAGAACAACAAGGCCCACAGGUUGGAACUCAAGUAAAGCCACGGGAUGAGCUGUUUUGGUUUGGAAAACCAGAAAUAUUGUUACGGUUGAUACAAUUUAUCAUAUUUCAGAAUGCCUUUGAGAUGGCAACAUUCAUCUGGUCUUGGUGGGGAUUUAAGCAGCAAUCGUGCUUCAUGAAGAACCAUGUAAUGAUAAUCAUCCGAUUGUCUUCUGGGGUUCUUGUUCAGUUCUGGUGUAGCUAUUGCACUGUGCCUCUGAACGUAAUUAUCACACUGAUGGGAUCUCGAUGCAAGAAAGCCUUAGUUGCUGAAAGUGUAAGAGAAUCACUACACAGCUGGUGUAAGAGAGUCAAAGAGAAGUCUAGGCGCGACUCUAUGAACUCCAGAGCUACACGGUCAGUCUGCUCACUUGAAUCAACCAUUGAUGAGAGGGAUGAGAUCAUCACAGUUGGAUCAGGCACUCUAGGAUCUGGUACGCUGUCUCGCUGUUCAUCCUUAGGCUCACUGAAUGAGGAAAUCAUAGUACCAACCCAACAGCUAGAGGGCGAUUUUGAGAGCUCGGCCGCACCCCAGUAUGAUAAUUCAUUCAGGCAUAGCUCAUCACAAUCAACCAUCAAUGUAGCAACCGAUGAUGUUGCAGAUGAGGAGGAAGAAAAAGUGCAGACUCUUUUGGAUUUGUUACAAAAGACAUGAAGUGUUUUUGUCUUGUCCAAAGUUUAUAUUCAAUUGUUGUCAGCCUUGAGGAUUCAGUAUGAGCUCAAACUAUAUCUAUAAUGCAAAAGAAUGAAAGUUCUUUUUCA